AUGUAUUUUACGUAUAAACACGCGUUUUUAUAUAUUUUAUGAAGAUUCAUGCAGCAGUGGAUGAAAUGAGUGAAAAUAAUUUAAGAACAGUAUCUGGCGAUGUUGAUGAUGAGCGGGAGGCUGAUGUGGACUAUGCUCUGAGUGUCGCAGGCACUGGCAGCUACAACAUUAAGUACGUUCUUAACCUCUCACUUUUCCUGAUAGCAACGAUAAUAGAACCAGUAGGAUUAUCAUUUGUACUGCCCGCUGCUAAAUGUGACCUCAAUAUGUCGGACACACAGAGAGGUUUUAUCGCAUCCAUACCAUACAUAGGAUUAGUUGUGACGUCGUUUGCUUGGGGUUAUUUAGUGGACACACGUGGAAGGAAAAAUAUUGUGAUAUUGAGUUCAUUUCUUUCCGGAAUAUUUGCCAUCGCGUCUGCAUUCAUGCCCACAUUUUUUACAUUUGCUCUGACGAAAUUUCUGGUGUCAUUAUGUAUAGCCGGUCCUGCAGCCAUACCCUUUACAUAUAUCGGAGAAAUCAUACCCAAAAAAUAUAGAGAUACCGCUCUAUCAGUAACAAAUGGGCUGCAAAUGACAGGCGCAGUGUUGGUGCCGUUACUGGCGUGGCUAGUUUUGUCUUUUGAUUUUCGCAUAGACUUUGGGUCAUAUUUCUUCACUCCAUGGCGUCUUCUAACAAUAGUUAAUGCCCUGCCAUUUAUUAUAAGUUCAGUUUUGAUGUACUUUGGUCCAGAGAGUCCGAAGUAUUUGCUCUCGAAAGGCAACCACGAUGAAUCACUCCAAGUAUUGAGAACUAUUUAUGCGGCAAAUAAGGGCAAAUCUCCAGAUGAUUUUCCGAUAAAACGGUUAAAGAUGGAAAAUAGUGAAAAGGAGAAGCCAUCUUUUGUUAAAUCUCUUAUGAUGCAGUCGCUCCCACUCUUGAAACCACCAUACUUAAAAUGGAUGAUAUUAAAUGGUAUUCUUCUCUUUGGUGUUUUUGCGACACUUAAUGGCCUAAAUGUUUGGGUGCCUGAUCUACUGAAUAGAGUAUUUACCAGUGGAUAUGAAGGCAAAACUGCAUGUGCAAUAAUCUCCCAAAGACAGAAUGAGAAGGUGAACGAAGACACAGAAUGUGAUGACUCCAUAGGCACGUUGACGUUUGUCAUAAGAACAAUAGGGAGCGCGGCAUGUGCUGUCAUCGGCUUGGUAGCAGGGAGUUCUGUUAAGUUGAUUGGGAAAAAGUUUCUCUUAAUUCUCGUGUACAUGAUAAUCGGCAUUUGUAUUGUGAUGAUCAACUUUGUAACGCAACAGAUUGUGUUUGCAACACUUUUGUCAUCGAUAGCUCUUACUGCACUAGCUAUUGGACCCAUCAAUGCCUUUUCUGUUCAAAUAUUUCCAACUCAUUUAAGAGGUAUGGCGAUAAGCUUAACAAUGAUGAGUGGUCGAUUUGGGUCUAUCGUUGGUGCCAACGUUAUCGGAAGUUUGAUAAAUGCCGCUUGUGAAGUGACAUUUUACAGUUAUGGAGGCGUGCUUAUAGUUUGCGGACUUCUUUCAUUUAUACUUCCAAGAGCAAAGACAAAUAAAUAAAUGCAAAUGAGGGAAAGGUUAUUGUUGACUGACUAGCUGUCUGAUAGGAACAAAACUUAAUUGUAAGAAAUAAAAAUUUGUAUAUUUCGUA